UCGCUCAGUAACGUGAAUUCCGAUUCCGCACCACAGUAUGUAGUAUGCUGAGACUACGUACAAGUCACAUAAUGCGCCGAGAGUGUCGCUCCUUGACACACCAGCACCACGCUCUCCAAGACCCGACGAGGAAAAAUUGGUGCCGACAGCAUUGACACAAUAACAGAAGAGGCCAUACGAUGAGCUCGUGCAUGACGCAGGCCGCCGCACUCACCAUGCCUUGUCGAGUCAGCACCGCCCAGGGCAGCGCCGGCGUCGACAACGCGAGACCUCAUGAUAAACAGUGCACGAAAUCCCCCUUUAGCCGUCGUCGAUUUCUCACCAAGACGAUCACAAUGUCGGCACUUCCUGCGUCAGUGCUGGGUGAAAUUGGCAGCGUUGGACAUGCACGUAAUGCGUGCAGAAGCGCUGGUUCAGAGAAAGCCGCAUGGAAAGCUCCGUUGAGUCCCGGACAUUUUUUCUUCCUUCGCUUGCCCUCCAGCGGCCCCCGCCCCCCUUUCUCGCGAGCGCGCGCGCACGCCAGGAAAGCUUUUUGCUCUCCACCUGGGCGCCUCCGCUCCAUCGUUUCACCUUGAAACGGCCUCUCGAGUUCGUUCAUCCGACCCACGCGCAAACACGUUGUACAGAGUAUGUAUGUGGGGACUCUUCAAGCGACUGCGGAGCACAUCAUGGUGGCCAGUGACGCUUGUUCCGCCGCGGAGCCAUCGCGCAAGCAAGGUAAUUCCGCAUCUUUUCUUGCUUUUCCGGUCAAUGUUCAGAGGUGGCCGACAUGGGUCUCU